GUGAUUCUUUACUGAAAUUCGGUGAUAUAACCACAACAGCACGGAAAUAUGGCAAGGCGUGCAAGAAGUUUCGCCAGAGCGGAGGAGAAAAAGAAUGAGGAAACAGGAAUAGAGGAGUUUGGAAUGGACGAAGUGGAUGCAUUUGCAGAUGCCAGAGACAAAUCAUUAAUGGAGAAGGCAGGACUAAACGAACAGCCCUAUGAUGCUAAUAAUUCCGAAGAUGAAGAGGCAGUUGAAGGUGUAAUGGAUAUUGACUCUGAUGCCGAAGUGGAAAAGUAUAAAAAGAAGUUUCAAGGACCAAUUGACGAGUCAGAUGAAGAGUAUUUUCGUGCUGAGGACGACAGUGGAGCCGAAGGUGAAGAUGCAGAGGGAAGAGAGAGAUGGGGAGGCGAUUACUAUGGUGCAGAUGAGGCCGAGGAUGAAGAGGAUGAAAAGCUGUUAGAAGAAGAGGCCCUCAGGUUACAGAAAAAGCACAUGGAAGAGCUUAACGUGGAAGAUUUCAUGCUUGAUGAAGUAGAGGAUUGGGAAAGUGAGAAGGAGAAGAAAAGAAAACAGAAGCAAGUUGGAGCAGGCGAUGAAGGUGAUGAGCUACUUACCGAAAAUGACGAUAAGUUUGCGGAAAUGCUAAAGAAGGGAGACAAACAGAGUCGAACAGAAAUGAUCAAUAAAAAAUACCCGGAAUACCUGCCGUUAGUGUUAGAGUUGAAGGAGCUACAGGGAGUCUACGAAAGUCUGAAAAGUAGCAAAUCUGAAAGUGUCAUAAAAGAGGUGCAAUUCAAGGCACUCAGUCUGUAUCUUGGUUCGAUUGUGUCAUAUCUCGCUGUGUUUGCAAGCAAGCUUCAAAGUGGCGAUAAGUUUGACAUGAAAGACGAAGAUGUGAUGGUGUCUAUUUUGGGCAGCAGGGAGUUGUGGAGGCAAGCAAAGGGCUUGAGAAAGGCCUCACACAUCACAGUAGAAGAAGACCAAGAAUAUGAGGAGGAUGCAGAAGACCAAGAAUCCGUGGAAUCUGAAUUUGCAGAAGAAAGCCUAUCAAACAAGAAACCAAACAAGUUUGCAAAGGAAGAUCUCAGAGGGUCCGACGUGUCAGAGGAAGAAGAGGAAGAGGAAGAGGAAGAGGAAGAGGAAGAAGAAGAAGAAGAAGAAGAAGAAGAAGAAGAAGAAGAAGAAGAAGAAGCAACAGUAUCCAAGCCACAGGAAAAGACACCGGAUUUCACGAAGUUGCGUAGCAUCAAAAAGAGCACGAGGAAAAAUCUUGAAGACAUGGACGACCUUGAUGUCGAAGACAAGCAAGGCCGCCGCAAGACGCUCGGGUUUUAUACUUCCAAGAUCGACAAGCGGGAUAUUGGAAAGGCUGCUGUCGACGGAGACGUCGACGCAGCAUACGAGGAAGAGAGCAGCAACAAAAACAAACACUACGCACAAAAACGCCGCUCCCAACCAUCCCAGAGGGGCAGACGCAGACGCCAUUGAGACUUUUCCGGCAGUAGACGCCGAAGUUGUAUAUUUAUGUCGUCAGUUAUAUAUCAUUAAAGCAGUGAAUGCCAACAAGAUGGAAGCUGUAUCGCUAGAAUUACCACAUGCGGAAGGCGCGCUGGCCAAGUUUUUCUUAUUUUCAGUUUCUCUCUUUUUUUCCUCUGCAU